GUUCUUUCCUGAUUAAUAAACGGUUCUAGAAUGGGAACAGUUACUUUAAAUUAAAUCGCUCUCAUAAUACUCUUGCUCUCCUUUUCUGUAUAUUUCUCGCGGGUCAAAGUGAGAUGUGUAAGUGAGUUUUCCCUUGAGAUCUAUCGCGCGACCCUUGCUCUUGCUUUCUCUAUCUCCGUCUAAUCAACAACUGGUUACCAUAUCCACGAUGGAUGAAUGUAUGAGUAUAUACGAUACUGUUUCAUUGCAAACUGGGCAAUUCAAUGGUAUUUGUUUGGGUAAAAGUUCCCUGAGCGGGAGCAGUCGAAGGAGAAUAGAGUAUUCGAUUGACGACCGUUAAGACGAACGGAUGCUAGCUGGUUUUGGACGCUCGCUGAUUUUGGACGCUCGCUAGCUUGGAAAAAUGGAACGUCACGACAAUGGCGCAGCCGGUAGCUACCCAAAAAAACGGAAAAAGAUGCAAAAGGAGUCGCUGGCGAAAAAAUUAGAAGAACAGAAAGCACGCAACGUCGAACUGGUGGAAGAACUAAAUAGGAUGAGAACAGAAAAGGAGGCAUCGCUCCCAGCUAUUCUAAAUACCUCUACUCUUUCAAUUGAAGCAGAUGGUGUACAGAACAUUUCCAAUUUUGAGGGAGGUGUUGGUCCUUCUAGUACGCAAUGCGUAAGCAGUCAACCGGGUCGAGAAGAGUCGAGAUUUAUGUCUAGCGUACAUCAGUUGUCCAUCACAUCGAUAAACGUUCCGGAGUGCAAACCAGCUGAGGAGGAUGAUAUUCAUCGACACUCAUUCGAGAUGUGGAGAGAUCUUCUGAUGGAUUCAAUGAAGUUAGCUGGGAUAGAAGAUGAAACAACAAAAUUUACCGUUUUCAAAGUGAAAGCAGGACCAAGAUUGUUGGAGAUUUUCAAGAGUACAAAAUCUGACCCUAGUGCCCCAGAUCAAUUGGAAAGGCCGUUCUCCAAUGCCUUGUACAGACUGAAAUCAUAUUUCGGCUCAGGGUCAGAUGUAAUGUUACAAAGACGGAAACUCGCUUUAAUGUUUCAGAAAGCUGAAGAAACAGAUUUAACAUUCAUAAACCGAGUAGGAGCAACGGCGCGAAUGUGUGACUUUGAUGAGGAUAAGGAAUUCGAGCAAAUUGUCGGCACCAUCGCAGAACAUGCCCACAAUAAGGAAGUUCGUGCUACCGCUCUAAAGAUGCUCAGCAGAAAAGGAACAUUUACCGAUUUGGUAGACAAAGUACGCGAGAUAGAAGCAAUUCGGCUCAAUGAAGAAUUUUUUAAGCGUAAACAUGGAAAUUCAGAACAAGCCGUCUUAGCACCGGUUUCCGCCGAUUUCCCACGCCGAAGUAUUCAACGGAAAUUUGUGCAUCGUUCCAAUAUAGGAGGAAACCAUCAUCAGCGCGGUAAUCAGAGAUUUCACCCUUUUAACGGCUCGGGAGAAAACUUUCGCAGAUUCGGAGUAGAUAAUAGACGUCGCGGAGGCAAUAUAAGUAUAGGUAUGUCACGCCAACGCAAGUGUUGGAGAUGUGACAGUGCCUUCCAUUCGCCGGCCGAUUGCAGAGCCAUCGAUAAAGUAUGCCAUAGUUGCGGCCGCAUUGGGCACCUUCAGAGGGCGUGUCGUUCAUCGAAUCUCCGUGAUGCUAAGAGCCCAACUGGAAAGGAUAGUCAGUCUCAAGAACCAGCUGCAAAAUUAAUUGCAUAUGUUGAAAAGGAAGAAUCAAAUGAUUCAGUUGCGGAAAAUAGUCAUGUGGAGUAUUGCAUGCCUGCGCAAUUGGCAACUGUAAUGGAACAAAGUAAAGGCGGACUCAUAUCAGCUACCGUAGCAGGUAUGCCUUGUCAAUUUUUGAUUGAUUCUGGGGCGCAAGUCAAUACGUUCACGGAAGAUUUAUUCAUUAAACUAAAAACGGAUCAGUUCCAUAAAAACGAAAUAUUCAACUUACAAGAUAAAUCUGAUCGAACCCUUAAACCAUACGCGUCAUGCAAUGUCAUCAAGGUAUUAGCGACAUUUGAAGCUUUUUUGCAUAUUACGGAUAACAGACCGGUAUUGCUCGAGAAAUUUUACGUUGUAAGAGAGAUUCGGUCACUUCUCAGUAGAGCAACAGCAACUAGAUAUAGCGUAUUGCUCCUAGGUCUUAGCGUACCAGUUACAGAUGAGGGAUCAAUGCUUAACAUAGAAGUAAAUCCAGUUGCGAUUGCACCCAUAACUGAUCAAGAGAGUUUCCCUAAAUUUAAUAUUCCUCCUGUGAAGAUUAGCUACAAUAAAUCGAUAGCGCCAUGUAGGAAUAUCUUCAUGAAUAUACCUAUAGCGGUUAAACCACUUGCGAAAGAACGACUUCAUCAAUUGGUCUCGACGGAUAUCAUUGAACCGGUUGUAGAGGAAAUGGAUGUAUCGUUUUGUUCAUCCCUGCUUGUAAUUCCUAAAGGCAAAAACGAUAUUAGACUGGUCAUUGAUCUUAGAGGACCCAAUAAAUAUAUUUAUCGAACGCCUUUCACCAUGCCCACGCUGGAUAGUAUUCUCGCGGAUCUAAACGGAGCUCGUUGGUUCUCAACUAUUGAUCUUACCAACGCUUUUUUUCCACAUCGAGCUAGAUGA